AAUCGGGCAGGGUACAGGGAACUAUGACGCAUAUCGGGUUAACUCCAGCUGUAAUGCACCAAUCAGAAGAAGAGGAAGAGGAAGAGAAAGACCAACACAUUUACUUUCUGGAAACAUUCUUCGGAAUUUCUGAAACAAGGAUACUUUCACUAAGAAAUUAUACGUCAUUCUCGAGGUGGCAGCAAUGGCGACCGGCUGCGAAUCAACUAAGAAUUCUCUUUUAAGAAAUGAGUGCUACUCGGACUUCCUGAAUGAGGAGUUUGAUGUGAAGACCUACACAGCUCAUGCCAUCCAUCAUGCAGUCAUCGCUGAACAGCUGGCCAAGCUGGCAGAGGGCAUCAGUCAGCUGGACAAGGAGCUUCACUGCCAGGUUGUGGCUAGACAUGAAGAUCUGCUCGCUCAGGCAACUGGAAUUGAGUCUCUUGAAGGUGUCCUUGAGAUGAUGCAGGCACGGAUUGCUGCAUUACAGAGCGCUGUAGACAGGAUAAAGACCAAAAUUGUUGAUCCCUAUAAUAAAAUUGUGGUUCGGACUUCCCAGCUCGCUCGACUGCAGGUUGUGUGUGACCUUCUGAGGAGGAUAAUCCGAAUCCUGUAUCUGAGUAAACGGCUGCAGGGCCAGCUUCAGGGGGGAAGCCGGGAACUGACAAAAGCUGCCCAGAGCCUCAACGAGCUGGACUACCUGUUUCAGGGGGUGGAUCUAUCUGGCAUUGAAGUAAUUGAAAAUGACCUGCUGUUCAUUAGUCGUGCACAUCUGGAGGUGGAGAACCAGGCCAAAAGACUUCUAGAGCAGGGCAUGGAAAUUCAGAACCCGUCUCAGGUGGGAACGGCGCUCCAGGUCUUCUAUAAUCUGGGCAGUUUGAGAGAGACGAUCAUCAGCGUGGUGGAAGGAUACAAGGCAUCUGUCCACGAGAGUGUAAUCAGUGCCCUUGACAUUAAAGUCCUCACUCAGCCUGCUAACAUUAGAGGAGCCCCAGGUCGGGCUGUAAUGCCCACUCCAGGAAACACAGCUACAUUUCGUGCUGCUCUUUGGACCAACCUGGAGAAAAUGAUGGACCAGAUAUGUGCUGCCUGUUCUCAGGUGCAGCACCUUCACAAGGUUUUGACAAAGAAGAGAGAUCCUGUCACUCAUGUGUGUUUCAUUGACGAGUUCGUUAAGGACGGUCAGUCAGACAUCUUGUACAUGUUCUGGGACUCAAUCACUCAGAUGCUGUCUGUGGAACUUCAGAAAAGCACAGGAGCCUCCAUGUUCCUGAAGCAGGCCCUCGAGGGAGAGUUCCCCAAGCUCCUGAGGCUCUACAACGAGCUGUGGAAGCGGCUGCAGCAGUACAGCGCCAAUAUCCAAGGCAUUCUGGGAAGCAGUGGCUCAGGGCUGGAUCCAGAUAUGACCAUCUCUGAAGCAGACACGCAGGAUCUCUUCACACACACUAAACCAGAUUACGAUCUAGAAAAAGCUCUAAAGAACUCCCUUCAGCCAUAUGAAGCAGCCUACCUGUCCAAAUCACUCUCGCGUCUGUUUGACCCCAUCAAUCUGGUGUUUCCACAGGGGGGGCAUAGCCCCCCUUCCACUGACGAAAUGGACGGCAUCAUCAAAACCAUUGCCAGUGAGCUGAAUGUGUCCCUGGUGGACCCUGGGCUGACCUUUGCUGUUGCCAAGAAUAUUGCCAAGACAGUGCAGCUGUUCUGUGUGAAGUCUGAGCAUUUGCUCUGUACACAGGGUGACGCCAGCCAAGUGAUUGGGCCUUUGACAGAAGGUCAGAGGAGAAACGUAGCAGUGGUUAAUUCACUGUACCACCUGCAGCAGUCUCUGACUAAAGUAAUAUCCUUACUACCUUCCUUCCCUCCGGCUGCAGAGCAAGUACUUACAACAUCUUUAGAGGCAGUACAGGUCCUGAUGGACAGUGCAGUCCAGCCGCUGCUGAUGUCGGUUACAGACUCAGUGGAAGCCAUUCUCCUUACGAUGCACCAGGAAGACUUCUCCGGGUCUCUCUCAGCCGGAGAGAAGCCAGACAUGCCUUGCUCUCUGUACAUGCGGGAGCUGCAAGGUUUCAUAUCCAGGGUCAUGAAUGAUUACUUCUGCCACUUGCAGUCAGUGGACUUCCUUUACGACAGAACAGAGGCCAUCGCUCAACGCGCCAUCACACUCUUCAUCCGCCACGCCUGCCUUCUGCGGCCUCUUGGUGAGGGAGGCAAGAUGAGACUGGCUGCAGACUUUGCCCAGAUGGAGCUGGCUGUGGCUCCACUUUGCAGACGAAUAUCGGACCUGGGAAAAGCAUACCGCUUGCUGCGCUCCUUCAGGCCUCUUCUUUUUCAGACGAGUGAGCACAUAGCCAGCAGUCAGGCCGUGGGUGAUCUGAUUCCCUACAGUACCAUACUGCACUUCCUGUUUUCCCGCGCUCCGGCAGAACUUAAAUCUCCUCACCAGAGAGCAGAGUGGUCUGUUGCGAGGUACUCUCAGUGGCUUGAUGACCAUCCUUCUGAGAAGGAUCGCCUUAUUCUAAUCAGGGGAGCUCUGGAGGCCUAUGUGCAGUCCGUCAAAGCCAGACAGGGUCGGAAUUUUGCACCGGUGUAUCCCAUCAUGCUCCAGCUUCUGCAGAAAGCCACCAGUGGGCUGGUGGAAAGAUGAGAGAUCAGGGAUUAGCCGGAAUAAUUCUGUCCUUUGUCAAUCACUACAAACUCACUCUCUCAGAAACAUGGAUGUUUUUGUUAAACGGUGGUGAGUGAAGUGUGAGGUUUUGUGAAAAAUUUAUGUUAAAAAGACAUACUGUUAAAGGGGUAAUGUGGGCUCAUUACAAAUCCGAUUUCAUUUUCUUCAGGUUUAAUGUACUUUUAGAACGUACUUGUGUAGCAGGAUAUUGAGAUGCUGAUUAAAGACAGCUUUUGAUCACCA